AUUUAUUACUGAGAUAAUUAAUGCGCGCAACAUCGACAGCAGAAGACUUUAUGUCGAGUUAACAACAAGUAACAUUGUUGAAAAAAGCACACACAUAAUAUUCUGUUUGUUAUAUAUACAUUAUUAUUAUCAUUAAAUCGAAGAAAUUUAAAAGUAUUGAUCAUUCUAAUCAAUAGGCCGGAUUAUUAAUAUUACUAUUAUUAAUAUUGUAUGUAUCAAAUGGAGACAAUUAGCAGUAUACCAUCGAAUCAACCAUUACAAGUUACAAUUAAUGAUUAUGCUUAUCGUUUAAGAUAUGGUGUACCAGAAGAUUCUACAGUAAAACUAUUCCGUGAAUACUAUCCACAUCGUUUUCAAGAAUUAUGUAUGAUACAUUUAUCUUUUUUAAUUGAUAUCCCAUGGAAUUUUUUGGAUCAAAAAACAAUACCAACAAAUACUACUACUACUACUACUUCUACCAUGAGCAGUAAUCAUUCUUUAUUUACAAUGAAUCCAGUUAAUAAUAAUAAUGGAACAUCAACAACAGCGCCUGCAUCUACUCAAACAACAACACAGCAACAAUCACGUCGAAUACAAAUUCUCUGA